UUCCUGGCAGUCAUUCUCUUAUCGAUACCGAAUGCGGACGUUUCGCGGCCCCAGUGUUCCUUCGCUACGAUGUGGAACUACAUGCUGUUCUCGGCCCUCGUGUUGCUGCUCUCGGUACUCUAUCAUUGCUACUUUAACAGGCCAGCCAGCAUGAUCGAGCGUGCGGACGCAGAUUACGAUUAUAUAAUUGUUGGUGCUGGCACAUCCGGAUGCGUGAUAGCGUCCCGCCUCUCCGAGAUUUCGAACGUGACGGUGCUGUUAGUCGAGGCGGGCGGAUAUUUCGGAUGGGUGUCCUCGGUGCCGCUUUUGUCGCCGAUGACCCAGGGAACCGAGUUCGACUGGAGCUACCUAACAGAACCGCAGAAGUUCUCCUCGAAAGGAUUCUGGAACCACGUCCAGAAGGUGCCGAGGGGCAAAGGAUUGGGCGGAAGCGGCCAGAUGAAUCAUCUCGUCCACUCUUUCGGUAGACCAGAAGAUUAUGACGCGUGGCCUGACGGAUGGUUGCACGCCGACUUGCUACCAUACUUUGAGAAGGUGUCCGACAUCAUGAACGUGAUGUCCAGUCCAGAAGAGGAGUUUCUGGCGAACGCUUUCCUCAUGUCGGAAGACGCGCUGAAUUCGAGCCACGUGACUCUGCAGAAAGGAUUGUACACUACCAGAAGGGGUUCGAGGUGGACCACGUUUCACGCGUAUCUGCAGAACGCUUGGAACAGGAAGAAUUUACAUAUCUUGACAAAUACGCUGGUUUCGAAAAUCCUUUUUAAAGACGGCAGGGUUGUGGAUGGUGUCAAGGUGAUUUACAAAGACGGAUCGAUAAAUCGAAUUGGCGCGAGAAAGGAAGUGAUUCUUUGCGCUGGCGUUAUCAAUACACCUCAAUUGCUUUUGCUCUCAGGAGUCGGACCAGCCGAAGACCUUGAUAAAUUUCAAAUACCGAUAGUACAAAAUCUUCCAGCGGUAGGGAAGAAUUUCUUCGACCAUUUGAUGCUUCCAGUUUACGUGAGCCUGGAAGCUAAAGUGAGCAUAACGUUGUUCAAGCUUCAAACACUGCCUGAAGUGGUUAAUUAUUUCGUCUUCGGAAGAGGGUGGUACGCAACCAACGGAGUGAUGGCGACUGGUCGCACUGACAAUGGCGGUGUAAUGCUAUUUGGAAUGGGUUCUACCGAAGAGAGGAUUUUGAAAACCUUGUCUAACUAUAAGACUGAGCCUUACAGAUCGCUUUAUCCGUCCUACAACAACAGUUCUCAGGAAGGCUUUUUGUACUUGUCUUAUUGUUUGCAACCGAAGAGCCGCGGAAGCGUUUCGUUGAAAUCCAGAAACAUUCGUCAUCAGCCGAAGAUCGAUCCUGCCUAUCUGAAAAACUACGAUGACGUUCUGUGCACCCACGAGGCGAUAACGUUCGCGAUUCGAACCCUCGAGUCGAAGAAGUUCCGUGAAUACGGAGCGAAGGUUCAUCAUCCCGAUCUAGAAGAAUGCCGACACCUGCCACAGGAUUAUCGAGACGUCGAGUACUCGGAAUGCGUGAUGAGGAUUGGCGGGCUCACGAGUUAUCACGCAUGCGGUAGCUGCAAAAUGGGAUAUGACGAGACUGCAGUUGUUGAUGCGGAGUUACGUGUAAAGAAUGUUUCUGGACUCCGAGUAAUGGACGCCAGUGUGUUACCCUCGCCAAUUUCUGGCAAUCCAAAUUCCGUGAUCAUCGCCAUGGCGGAGAAAAUAAGCGAUUUGAUCGCUAACCGCUCGUCUACUUAAAAUUAACUUCUUUCACUGCGAUAAAUAAACCGAGAAAUAUAUAAUUUCUUAAACUUCA